AUGGCUCAAGUUUAUAGUCAAGAACCAUAUACAAAUGGUAAAGUUUGUAUUAAUACAAAUAAAGGUAAUAUAGAAAUUGAAUUAUGGGGUAAAGAGAUCCCUAAAGCAUGCAGAAAUUUCAUUCAACUAUGUAUGGAAGGAUAUUACAAUAAUACUAUUUUUCAUAGACUUGUUCCAGGAUUUAUUAUCCAGGGAGGUGAUCCAACGGGUACAGGUAUGGGUGGGCAGUCUAUAUGGGAUGAACCUUUUUCUGAUGAAUUUCAUUCACGCUUAAGAUAUAAUAGAAGAGGUCUUGUUGGAAUGGCUAAUAGUGGUAAAAAUGAUAAUGGUUCUCAGUUUUUUAUUACAUUAUCACCCACGCCUGAAUUACAAGGGAAAAAUACUCUUUUUGGGAGGAUUGUUGGGGAUAGUAUAUAUAACGUAUUGAAAAUGGCAGAAUUAGAGAUUGAUAAAAAUGAAAGACCCUUAUAUCCUCCUAAAAUUAUUUCUGUAGAAAUUUUAUUAAAUCCAUUUAAUAAUAUUUUCCCUAGAAUUACAGAAAAAGAAAGGAAAAAUCAAAUAGAAUCACUUAUGACAUCAAAGCAAGAAUCUAAAAAUAAAAUAAAAAAGAACAAAACAUUGUUGAGCUUUGAAGAUGAAGUUGAUACUAGUGAAUGUAAAGAAUUUAAACUUAAAAGUAGCCACGAUAUAGGAAAUGAUUCAAAAUUAUCAGAGCUUUCUGCAGUUACUACAAGUAUUAAAAGAAGACAUGAUUCAUCUGAUAAAAUUGAAAAAAAUGGACAUCCUGUUAUUAAUAUAAAGAAUUCUGAAACGAAAACAGUAGGUUCUUCAAAUUUAUCUAGUUUCAUUGCAGAAUUAUCAGAAAAAAAAAAAUCAUCUGAUUCUAAAAAAAUAAAAAUAGAUGAAAUUCAAGCGCAAAUAGAAAUUCUAAAGAAGGAUAUUAAAAAUAUGGGAAAAAAAAAAAAUGAGUAUUUAGACAAAGAAAAAAAUGAAAAGGAAAAAUUGUUUUCUUACUUAGAAAAAGAAAGAGAACGCUAUAAAGCUUCAGAAAAAGCUAUUGUUGGAGGAAAAGGAAAAUCAAUAAAAAGAAGAGAAGAAGAGACUCUUGCUAAGCUUUCAUUGUUUCAGUCUAGGAUUUCAUCCAAAGACUGCAUUGAAGUAGAAGAAGAUGAUGAAGAAAAGGAUGCAUGUGAAUUACAUGGCAUUCCUGGAUGUUUUUCAUGCUUUGAUAGAUUAGGAGAGCACAAUGAUUUACCUGAAGAAAAUAAUAGUGAUUGGUUUGCAAAAAAACUUGUUUUUGCUAAAGAUAAACUUGGAAAGGAUUAUACAUAUAGUGCAAAAAAAGCAGAAGAAGAUUUUGAAAUAAUUGAUCCUAGAGAGAGGAAAGAAAAGGCUAUAUCUGAAGAAAAAAUGAAAAAAAAAAAUAGUGAAAUAUCAAAAAGCUUUAAACUAAAUUAUAAAGGUUAUAAAUCAAAUUUAUAA